AGAGGCAACAGCCCAGUGGCCCAAGCGGGGCACUCCUAUAAAUGUCAGCUCUGCCCCACUCAUUCCAUUGCUCUCUCUGAACUAGCCAGCUGUCCUCCAGACUGUCUUGUGACCAAGAAAACCAUGGAAAAUUGUACAAUGGAAAAAGCCUUGGACAUUAUAGUUAAUACCUUCCACCAUUAUUCUACCCGGGUGGGAAAUCCAGACACCCUGGUCAAGGGAGAAAUGAAGCAACUGAUAACCAAGGAGCUGCCAAAUUUCAUAAAGAAUGCCAAGGACCUACAGGAUGUUAAGCAUCUCAUGCAGGAGCUAGACACAAAUCAAAAUGGUCAGGUUGACUUCAAAGAGUUCUCCAUGAUGAUGGCAAGAUUGACCAUGGCCACCCAUGAAAAGAUGCAUGAGAAUGCACCUGACAAAGAUCACCACAGUCAUGGGCCUGGCCUUGAGGGAAAAGGGGGCUCAAGCUGUGGCAGUGGGCAUGGGCACGGGCACUCCCACUGAUGGUGGUGAGGCAAAACCUCCCUUCCCCUCACAUUCACCCUUCAAUCAUCUCCUACCCCUAUCUUCCCACCCCCAAGGAAGUGCUUUGACUCCAUAGAGCCAAAAGAAGUACAAAAAAUAAUAGGGAAAGGGGUGCUGGGUCCUGAUGACCUUAGCAAUAUAACUAGGGGACAAUAAAGUUUUCCUUUGAA